UAAAGAAAUACCAGUGGGUGUUUCAUCAAUGAUCUCGCCACGCGACGCUCCGGUUCAUCGCUUGUCAUCGCCAUUCUCCAUCUCCAGAGACCGCAACUGAAUCCCGCCGCCUCCGCUCGUGAAGCUUCGCUUUCGCCAUGUGCUACGGCCGCCACCACCAGAGGCCCUUCUCCAAGGACCAUUUCGCCGCCGCCGCCGCGGACCCCCAGAACGCGGACGCGGCGGCGGCGGCGGAGGACCUGCGGAGCCGCCUCGCCGAGACGGAGGCGCGCCUGGCUCGGGCCAGGGCCCGCGAGGCCGAGCUCAGCCGGCGGUUGGAGGAGAUGAAGCGCUUCGUCUCCGUCAUGGAGAUCCUCGAGACCUACCUCGCCCGACGGUUCAGCGAGCAACGGGAUCGCGUCGAGCGGCGCCUCGGGCCCUCGCCACGCAGCUAGAGGCUCGCCCUCGCGAUGGUGAUUCCAACUUUUGUGGCAAUACCUAUUGUCUCUUCUGUGUUUGCUCUGUAUAGUUCGAUCUUCUUUCUUUCUUUUUAGCUUCCAUGUAUUUUGGAGUUCUUUUCCUUCGUUAUGCUUGCCAAGAAAGUAUACAUUGAUGCAAAAUAGCGGAGGAGUUUUUAUUGCUC